CUUAUUUCUUUUACUUUAGGACUAUGAUUCUUCGAUUUUACGAAUUUCAUUUAUAAGUAUUUCUCUAAUAUCAGAGUUAAUAGCUAGUUGGGAUUUUAGCUAUUUCCUUCGGAGUUUGAUCCCUGUUGGCUUGAAUUUUACGCUCAGGAAUUUAUGUUUCUAGAGAAGCUUUGCAUCGAUCCAAGAAAAUACUCACUUUCUUUUAUUAGUUGUGGAUAUUUUGAAAAAAUAUUGUAAAUAUCAAUUAGUAAGUAUGCCAAAUUUUUCUUCGGGCCUAGUAGCUAGUUUGUAAAAACAAAGAAUUAAUUUUUUCGUUAGUCCUGGUUAUUUGUAACACUUUUUUAUUUGUUUCUAUGUUUUCACUUAGCAAAGGGAUUCAAGAACAAGAAGGCAGGGUAUUAGAGAGGUGGGGUCCACGUACAAGUGGCUUUAUGAUUUGUGUGAUGACAGUAGAAUGGAGCAAAACAAGCUUACUAACUAGAUUGGUUCUUGACUUGAAUGGCUAGCAAUAAUUUGUUUGAUUUUGAUGCUGCUGGCAUUAGACAAGGACUCAUGUGGUCUAUAGAGGUAUCAAAUGAAUUGGAAGGAUAAAGGGUGGAAAUGGUAGGGUUCUUAAUCUUGUGGAUGUAUGUACAGUGUUACAAAGAUUUUUUUUAUCAUCUUUAGUGCAAAAUUUUUAGUCCACAAUUAAUUAAUUAUAACUAAAUACUUGUUUAUUUAUUUUUAUUCUAUUAUAUUUUUUAAACUAAUGUGAAAUAGUUCAUUAUUAUGAAAAAAAAAAUAACCCUUAAAACUUUCUAUUAUAAGACAGAACAGUAAUGCUUUAACAAUGUGUUACUCAUAGAUGGUAGUUGAUUUUGCAGUAAUUGCUAAUUUGAUGUCAUCCUUAUGAUUAAUGCAUGUGAUAGAAUAUGCCUUAGUAGAGGUGAUGUCAAAUUCUUUAAUCUCUUUGAUGAUUGAAAUUUCAAUUACAAUUACAUUUCUAUGGCAAACAAUAUAUAUAUAUAUAUAUUCUACCUUGUAGAACAUAGGCCAGGACACACUCUACAUGUGUGGAAUUGUGCUGGCACAAUCGUAGUGUGACAAAUAUCUCUGCCAAGAGAUAAAUUCUGCUGAUAUUGUACUGUGAGACAGAUGGUGCAGCUGAUUUCCAGCUUCCGUCACAUGAGAGAUUUCUAAUUAAGGUAGGAUAAUGAACUUAAUGACAAUGAGUAUGAUUAACCUUAACGAAGGGCCAUUGUUGGGUAUAUGGGCUUAGUUGUUCAUGGGCCUUGUAGGUUUUUCGCAGGGAGCCCUUGUAUGUGUAUUUAUUUUUUUAUUGACAUUUGGUGUAACGAUAGGAGUGAAAUUGUUUAUAGAAAAUGUAACUGGGUUUAGUAUUUAUAACUUAUAUUCGAUGCAUUAGAGUUAUUGUGUAUGGGCUUAUUGAGUUCUUUGUUUAAUCAGAGCUCUGUCCGGAAUAAAAAACUGUAUGUAACAACCAUGAGAUGCACGGAAGGCUUAGUUUAGUGGCAAUUAUGUUUGUCUUGCUAGAAAGUGCACCGAAUUUAAAUAGUGUUGUUUAAGAACCCAUAUUAUUUAGGGUAAUUUACCAAAUUAAAAUGAUUGGAUGAAAGCUUUACCAAAUUACAACAUUUGGAAUUUGGUUACCAUUUUGCGUUGAAUCCAUUUAUAUAGAAACCGUGGGAGCCAACCACGAAUUCCAAAUGCACAUAAACCGUGGGAGGUAGGGAGGUUUUAUGAUCAAAUCUUGUUGUAUGUAAACCGUGGUAGGCAGCCACGGUUUACGUGAAGAGAAUCUGAAGCAUAAACCGUGGUAGGCAGCCACGGUUUAUGAGUAAAUGGUUUCAAACAUAAACCCUUAGAGGCAGCCACGGUUUAUGAGUGAGUAGUAUAAAUAGCAAAGCCGUGGCUGGUGAGGGCGGAUCAUUUGUGAGUUUUGUGAGUGAGGGGAAGGUUGGUGGGUGAGAGAGGAAAAAAAAAUUUUUUUGUUAAGUUGCUGGUUUGAGAAGUUGAACCGGUUUAUGGGAGAACCGAUGGAGGAAGAAGACCGGCUGUACCGGUUAAACCGCGUUGCGCAUGUGGCUGGAUUUAUCGACCAAGAGCCUGCUAGGGUUAUUAGUGGUGUGAGAAGACAACAGAAUAUGCCUUUACACGAGCGUAUCAUACCGUAUCUAGAGACGGCGGGCUUAUAUCACUUGGCUAGGCUGAACAGUCAGUGGUUCUGGGUUGAUGAGCCUCUACUUAGCGCAUUCAUUGAGAGGUGGCGUCCUGAGACCCACACAUUCCACAUGCCCUUUGGGGAGUGUACGGUCACCUUGGAGGACGUGGCCUAUCAGCUGGGUUUACCGAUUGAUGGUGAGCCUGUGAGUGGGUGCCUUAGUGAGUUUGAGAAUUUCAUGGAAGAUGGAAGACCGGCAUGGGUGUGGUUCCGUGAGCUGUUUGGGGAGUUACCUCCGCAGAAUAAAGUGAAGCAGAUGACAGUGUGCUACACAUGGUUCCAUGAGCGGUUUCGGGUUUUGCCAGCAGAUGCUACUGAGGACAUCGUGCGUAUAUACGCGAGGGCCUAUAUUAUGAUGCUGUUGUCAUCUCAGCUGUUUGCGGACAAGAACGCCAACCGUGUCCACCUUCGCUGGUUGCCAUAUGUGGCGUCGUUGGAUGACUUGGGUAGAUAUAGCUGGGGCUCGGCCGCGCUGGCGUGGUUGUACAGAUGUCUUUGUCGUGGAACAAACAAAAAUGUUGUCAACUUGGCUGGGCCACUUCAGCUUCUACAGUCUUGGAUCUUCUGGAGAUUUCCUUGUCUGAGGCCAAGUGAUUUCAACAGAUUCGGGUUUCCACUUGCAUCCAGAUGGGCUCAGUAUCUACCGAGGAACGAUGCAGUAGAUCAGCGAGUGGUGGUUGCACGCCUCUCUUUGGAUAGAUUGCGUGUGCAUGAUAUCGUGUGGGAGCCCUAUUCCACUCCGGAUGUCGCAGCUAUUGUUCAUCCAGAGAUACUACUAGACCAGCACCGCAGGCUAUGGACGGCAGUUACGAGUCUCAUUUAUUUUGCUGCGAUUGAGUGGCACCAGGUGGAUAGGGUUAUGCCUCAGUUCGGCGGGGUUCAGCAUCUCCCUCGUUUGGCUCUUAACAUAGACUGGCUUCAUGCGAAGGACGGCAGGGGUGGAGAUAGGUGGUUCCCCUCAUAUUAUCGGGAGUGGCAUGAGCAUUGGCAGGAUCGGAAUGCCUCAGUUUUACCCGUUGACCGAGUUGCUGAUCCUGGGCCAUCAGCUGAGUACCUGGACUGGUGGUGUCGUCUGGCGCACCGAUUUCUAUCCCCAGAUGUUGCAUUUCAGGAUCCCAGGCCUAUUGUGUUGACUGAGGAGGCUCACCAUAGAGGGUCAUCGCAGGCACCUCCUAUGGUGCAGGUAGUCGACAGACCGGACAACCGCCGCGUGGACAGGCGUAGGCGUAUCGGCACACGGACGACGGAUCGAGAGUGGCGAUGGCUGGCCGACCAGUUAGAUGAGGGUCAGGGUGUUGGUGGUCAGGGAGGUGAUGUUGAUCCUCGUGUUCCGAGACGUAGGGCCAGACGACAUGGUCAGCGGGAUGGUGGUGGACGUGCCCGUGGUAGAGGACCAUCUGGAGAGUAUCACAUUGGUCAGGAUGCUGUUGGUGAGGACAUUGGUGGUGUGGGCACAGGGAUGGAUCAGGGUACGUACGAGGCGGGGGGUUCUUCUCAGAUGUUUGAGGUGGGGGGUUCUUCUCAGAUGUUCGCCGACUAUACUACGGCGGCAGUCGGUAUGGACAUUGAUGAUCCUGUGAGUCAGUCAGAGUUCUUCAGAGAUAUAGCAGACAUCUUGGGAGAGGAUGAUGGCACUCAUUAUAGGCCACAGAUGGAUGAGGUACAUUCACAGUUUGCCGAGCACCAGCCACAUGUUCAGGAUGUACAGCCAGGUUUGCCGGUUGACCUGAACGAGCCUGCGCCUUCACCAUUGGACCCAUGGUUCGCGUUGGGAGGUACCCCAGCUUCGGCUUUCAGCGUAGUUCCGCCACAGGCACAGGUGCCACAGGUGGAUGAGAGACCACAGAGGGCUCGUCGUGCUCCUUUAUGUGGCACUGGAGGUCACCUUAUUGGUCAGUUGCAGGAUGACGACAGUGACACGAUCGAGGACUCUGAUUAGUUAUCUAUGUAUUUCCCUUUUGUCUAUGUCCUUUCUUUCGUUAUGUACUUCGAUUAAUGUUUAAACAUUUGUUAUGGUUUCUGGUGUUGUAUCUUAAAUUGAUGUAUCCUGGUAUUAAGUAUGAUUAAUGAUCUAGUCGUUUCUAUUUUA